UGAGCUGUCUGUAUAAUCCGAAGUGAAUCAAAUGGCUAACGUAGUUCAUGAAUUACUUCCCUCAUUUUACUCACGGCACUUCAUAUGCUUUUUAUUGUUCAUUUCUUUGGCUGACACCCAAAACACUGUCGUUUUCCAGCCAUCCUAUCUCACGGCAACUGGACCCACAGUCACGACAUUUCUGCUUGGAAACACGUCUGACAUCUCUCUUAACCUGAGGACAGUAUAUCCAUCCAAUAUAACAGGAAGCAUUGACCCUCAGUCAUGUGAUGCUGAGGUAACACAGUGGGUUAUCACACAGGAACAGGUUGGGAAGACUGCAGUUCGAGUCCAGCUGAGACUGGAUAAAAAUCUGCGUUUGUGUGGUGAUAAUGAGACAGACACAGGCUGCUGUCAAAAGCCACUUUGUGUUCUGGAGACCCUUCAGGUGUCAGCUUGUGUGGGCAGCACAGCUCAGGCAUCACUACUAAUACAGGCCAAGAUUUAUGCACUGUCGGUUCCUGCCAACGCUGGAUCUGAUAAUAAAACAGUCAUUCCAAAUCAAGUGUACCAACCCCUGGGCCCUUGUCCCUGUGACCUCACACUCAGAAAAUGUGACAUUCGCUGCUGCUGUGACAAGGACUGUUCCACUGAAGAUUUGAAGCUUUUUGAGUCUCACUGUCUCCCAGGGCCUUUUGGUGGACAGGUUUCUCCAGCUGCAGACUAUCAGUGUUCUGUGCAGACCUCUGAAAACUCCCCAGAUUGGUUUCCAUUUUUAUGUGUCAAUUCUCCACCUGAAAACAACCCUUACCUGGGGCUCUUCUACCAGGGAUACACAAUUACGCCAAAGCCAGGUCCAUCCUUCCAAAGCCCUGUUUUAUCAUCAUCAGCACCAGUUAAUGUCUACAGACAAGGAAGUCCCAUUUUUACAUUAAAUGAUCAGUACUUCACUAUCCCCCAGAGGGCUCUUGGACACUGUCUAAAAAAUGCUCCGGUAGCAUUUUUAAAAGAUUUCGAGGUCAAAUGUGUAACAUUGCUACAGUCUUGUCCAACUGGAUCUCCUUUACAGACUCUACCAACAGAUUUGGGGAUUCAAGUGAAGAAUGGGCAAGGGGGUGAUGUUACAGUGGAUGUAAUUGAUGAAGUCACCUUUGACUUGAGUCAGUUUAUUUCAAGCACAUAUGCAGUUGUGUCUUCAGCAGAGGCGCAGUUGUGUGAGAAUGUGACUUUGGCUUUGGAUUACAAAUUCUACUGGAAAGGAAAUGGCAUCACAAGUAUCAACCUGACCCGCACUGUUGGCACUGUCACUUUAAAUGACAGUGUGGUCUUAACUACAAGGUAUUCUGCCGUGUUUCUAAAUGGAGAAUUCAUGGGUGAGCCCAAUUCAGGGAACCCAGGGUAUCAGGUAGGAAGGCCUGUUAUUGCUGGAACUGUGGAUACUCUGGAAAAUAAUACAAGCUCAAUAGACAGGACAUCAAUCCAUCUUUGGGAACCAAUGAGUGAUGGACUCUGUUCCACUGCUGAGAAGAAACCAAUUCUGUUUGGGGAGAAUUCAACAUCAGGAUGUCUGCUACCUGUCAACCAACAGAAUCUGACUCAGUGUAAUCUCCUGAGAGAGGCUGUUACUUCACUCCAGGCAGCUUUGAAUACAGCCACAUACAUUGCAAAGAGUGGAAACCCAGAUGCUCUAACUAUGGCAGACUGGGUGAACAUAGAAUUUGUGACAAUGAACUCAAGCACAAUUAUGGAAAACACCACUGGUUCAUGCACUGCGAUUCCAUCACACCUGCAAAUCCAUGUUUGGAGUUUAAUCACUGGCAUGCUUGAUGGGAAACCUCAAAGGGAAAUCCACACCGUGCAAGUCAGUUACGGCCUGUCCACUUGGGCACUGGUGUGUGGAGGAGGUGAUGUCUCUCCAUGUGUGGACCCAAUGGAAACUCAGUUGUUCCCCCUCACCUCAUCAGUCACCUUUAUUGACAUUCCUAUUAAUACUGGACCGCCAAAGACCAGGUUUCAGAUCAACUUCACAGAGUAUGACUGUAACAGGAAUGAUGUGUGUUGGCCCGAGCUCGCCUUCCCCAUCACCAAGUAUUACACAGGUGAACCAUAUUCUCAGUCACUGGCCAAGGGCCUUAUCUUGGUUUUCUUCUUCAUCACUGCCUCGGUUCUUGGGACUCCAUGGAGACAAAUCCGACAGGCAUGGAACAGUGCUUCUUCGUAAAAUCGGGGCAGAGAAAAAUGUGGAGAAAAAAACAAAUAUGAGGAAAUAACAAAAGAGUGAGAGUUAAAGUUAGAUUUUUAAAUUUUCCAUUGUU